AUGGAGGCUUCCGCCAGCCUUGUAUUCUGCGGGGAGGCCCGGCAGGAGUUCCGGACCAGUUGUGGUGGUGGCAAACAGAAGUGGCACGACCGGGCCAAGGCUUCAAGUCGAAAGCUUGUGCCACGGGGCGGUCGCGUCGCCCUGUUUUCGCAGAUCCGCGACUGCGCCAACGUCAUUGAGAGUUUCGUUCGCCACUACGCAGCGCUGGGUUUCUUUCGCUUGCUGCUGUACCUUGAUGAUCCCGGCGAUUCGACGGCGGAAGUGUUGCAGAAGAGCGGCUGGGUGCAGGCAGGUUUCGUGGAGAUUGUCCCAGUUGACGCACAGCUCCGGGAGCAGUGGCCGUCCAUGCCCUCGUGGCGACGCGUUGGGCACUUUGCGGACAUGGAGGUGCAGAGCCGACAGAUUCUGAACAACGAGCAUGCUUUGCGGCGUGCGGGGCAGCUUGGGGCGGAUUGGCUGCUGCACGUCGAUAGCGACGAGCUGCUGUGUCUCCCGACGGCUGCUCCGCACUUUUUUUCAGCCUUGACUGCGCGAGGUUGCACCAUGUACACAUUUUGCAAUGUCGAGGGUGUCCCGGAAGCAACUCACUCGACAGAUGUUCUCCAAAGUGUUCGCGUUUUUCGCCAGAACAUGGGGCUCGUGCCGCGAAAUCCAGCAGCAGGACGUGCCUUUUUUCAGUGGCAGUUGCGCUUGGGUGGCUGGUUCAUCUCGUAUGAGAAUGGGAAGUCUGCUGUGAGCGUCAAGCAUGCUGUGAAGUGCCUCUCCGUAUGCAUGUGGGAAGUGAAGCCUCAGUUGGAGUCCGGCACGACAAAGCAGCCAGAUGGAUCGACCUGCACCUGGUUCACGAACAACGACCAUUUGUGGCAGGCAGCUGUCAAUCGUCGCAAGGAGGGCCGCCUUGCGGAUGAUGAGGAGGUUCCGCGCCUUGAUCGCUGCCGCAGCGCCAUGCUGCUUCAUUUUUGCGUCUGUGACUUCGCAUCUUUUUGGCGAAAGCGCUGGACGCAGCUGGGCUACCUGUCAGCAAGCGACCAAUUUCGCGUUCGCACGACUUCUGGCGCCAUGAUGGCCCGCUUCUACCGUUUACAGUGCGAGAAUCGGCAAUGGGAGGCCCGAGAGCUCUUUGAAGCGAUGUGCGUCAUCAAGGAUGCCGAGGCGGUGGCAGCAGAUGUUGAAGUGGGAAUUCUCAUCCGGGCCGAUCCCAAGUUUCCAGCCGGACCAUGCGGGCCAUCCUGGCCAGCUUCUCCACGGCAGGUGCCGUACCUGGAGCUGGCAAGGCAACUAGAGGCCAACGGCAAGCACUUUGAUGCCUGGCUGUUGUAUGGCAAGGCAACUGAGGGAAAGACCUCCGCCGAGAUCUUCCGACGCAGGGCAGCUUGCGCCCUGGCCGCGAAUCUCGCUGCCAAUGCCGUUGCAGACGCAUGCACGGGAGUGGAGAUGGGGGAUGUUCUGUGCCACGAAGUGGUGGCAUCCGGCUUGGAGACGCUUUGCAGACACGAAGAUGCACUAGCUGCUGCGACACAAGGAGCCAAGCUGUUGCAUGGCAGUCCGGCUGGCACGCUACUGCAGGAGUGGGAAUACUGGGAACACUGUGCCAAAGUGAAGAGGCUGACUUGUUGCCACCUCGCCAAAGCCGGGUGCAGCUUUUCCGGUGUGGCACAGGUUGCAUGUCCGGAGCAGCAUCGGCUUUUUUGUGAUUUUGUGGAACUUGUUUGCAUCUCCGCUUCCGCCUUUCAGCCUCUGAGCACGGUUUUCAUUGACUAUGUCAAUUCUAACGAAACGAUGUGCAACAUGGCCAGCUUGCUGCGGGACAAGAAUGGACUACCGGCCCCAGCUACCUACUUACUGCCGCAGAUGAGGAGUUUGCGAGUGCUGCCAGAUGCCAUUGGCUGCACAGCUGCGCUGGGCCCAUUGGUGAAGAGCCAACAGUGGCGUACCACUCUGAGCUUUCUGGAGGACAUGUACAAGACCGAAAUCCUGCCGGAUGUACAUUGCUGGAAUGUCGCGGCAGUGGGAGGAACCCGAAGGAGGUGGCCGCUUGCUCUGUUCUCCGUAAUACAGAUGCAGCAUUUAGAGCUGAUGCCCGAUGCAGUGACUCUGAGCUCUGCCAUGAGCUCGAUGUCUGGUGCAGCGUGGGACCGGGCUCUUGGGCUGCUCCAGCACGGCUCAGAGCGCGGUGUGCAGGGAGAUGGCAUUAGCUACAACGUGGCAAUCGGCAGCUGCGCCAGAGCCGGGGGAUCCUGUUGGAUCCCUGCGAUGCAUCUCCUCAUGACCAUGUCCGGCUCUACCACUGGGCCAGAUACCACCAGCAUUCGAAGCCUCCUGUACGUCCUUGAGCAUGCAGAAGCUUGGCGACAGACACUCGCUCUUCUUCACCAGCUGGGGUGCUUUCGAGUGGCACCUGGCAAGCUGCACCGCACUUUCGAAGUCGCAGCAUUUCGGCAAGCUGACGCCUGGCAAGCCGUUCUAGAUGGCUUGCUGGCCAUGAUGGCUAGGGGGAUGGAUCCAAACACCGCGUGCUACCACCAUGCAACAGCUUGCCACGAACGCUGGGAGUUCGGCAUCGCACUUCUGAGUUUUUCGGCUGGCUUGCAGAACAAUUUGCCUUUGAUCACCUCCAUUCUUCGCGUCCAAGCUGCGAAGGCAUGGCAGCGUGCCCUGAAUGUGCUAGGCUCGAUUCGGCAAGCAGGUGUGAUCCUGGAUUCCUUCGUGGUGAGCUCUUUUGGCGCCAGCCACUGGCAAAGCACACUCAGGUGUUUAUCUUUAGUGCAACUGGUCAAUGUGAAGCCCGACCUGGUCGCCCACAAUGUGGUUGCCUCAGGCAUUGCCAAAGAAAGUGCCUGGCAACGCGUGGCAGAUUUCUGGUGCCAAGCACGAGCGGGUUCCGUGCGGCCCGAUGCUGUCAGCAUGAAUAUCCGCCUCGGCUCUGGACCGUGGAACGGGGCUUUGACUUUGUUGAGAUGUGCAGCUACCAUCUCGCAAUUCAACACCGCUCUCAGUGCAUGCGAGAAGCAGGGCAAGUGGAUAUGCUCUCUGCAAAUGUUUAGUCGCAUGCUUGCUCGCGGAUUGCAGCCCAACGCUGUUACUCUUGGUGGCCUUUUGUCUGCAGACGCCGAACAGUCAUGGCCAGCAGCCCUGGGGAGGCUGCACGCGACGAGCUUCUGGUUUCGCAUCAACCCUGGCGCAGCCCACUAUGGCGCCGUGAUGACUGCAGCUGCACGCGGUGAGGUAUGGGAGGCAACCGUGCGGCUAUACGCAGGCAUUGUCAAGACGCAGGUCCCCUUGUCGGACAUCUGCGUCGAUCUCGUCAUCAAGGCAUGUGAGAAUGCUGGACGGAAGGAUCUAGGACUCAUAGCACUCUGGCAGUCGGAGGAUGGCAGGGUGCCUAUGACUUCGUCGGCCUCGUUCUGCCUGGCUUUGGCCCGACUCUCCGUGCGCGAACCUGCAGUCCUGCACGCUGCCUUUGACAACGUGUGGGCGGAGCUUGACCAGUACGAUGCGAAGGAUGCGUCAACAGUGUGGUGGGCCUUGGCCACACUGGGAACCUGGAGUGCUGCGGGCGUGCAGGCUCUCUGUGCCAAGUUGCUGGCCAGUGAGCUGACAUCUCUAUCACUGGAGAACUUGUCUGUGAUUGCUUGGGCCUCUGCGGCCGUGAAUCCAGACUUUGCCACAUCUGUUGCUACCCUGUUGUGGAUACAGAAGGCAGCUAGAGCUUGCUGGUGGCGCGAGCAGAAUCUUCCUGGGUGUAGGGAAGAAUCUGCCCAGCACAUGCUGACCAUCACUUGGGCUUGCAGCUUCGCCAAGUGUCUCACCACUCACUUCUUCGGCUUUGUAAGCCAGCACAUGCUGACAAUCGGCCGCAAUCUGGAUGCAGAGUUUCGCCUGGGUGUGGCAGCUUCCAGUGCCAACGAGACUCUGCCAUCGGAUGCAGCUGUGCCGGAGGACCCUGGAGUCGAAUUGGACUUGUCUGACAGGCUUGUACUGUACAAGCCCCCGGGCUGGGAGGUGCACGAUGGUUUCUUGCCCAAUCAGCUGCGCUGCUUCUUGCAGAAGCGAAGUCCCACGCCGCUGGCACACGAUCCAAGCCACAGUUUUGGCUUCCUCCACCGCCUGGAUGUGCCCAGUUCUGGCUUGGUUUUAGCAGCCAAGACAUACGAGGCUUUCUACGAUCUGCAAGGGCAGCUUGCGGCCGGACGCGUCACGCGCAAGUACUUGGCGCUGGUCCACGGCUGGAUGCGCGGCAGGGAGGUUUCGGCCGCUGUGUCAUGGGGCGGUGGCCAUCCGACACGAUCAGGUGGCAGUGGCAAAGCGAGCAAGACGUUGUUUCACGUCCUUGCUCGCAGUGCUGUUGCCGCACAUGCUGUGAGCCUGCUUUCCGUGCGCAUCUUUACAGGUCGGCGGCACCAGAUUCGCAGCCACCUUUCCCACAUUGGUCACCCGUUGGCUCGAGAUGAAACCUAUUCAUCGCUGGCUACUCUGACGGCAGACCUGCGGCUCAGUGCGCGAACGUGCCUCCACCGCUUCAGCUUGUCUUUCAAGGGUAUCACUGGCCAAGACCACGAAGUGGCGGCGCAGUGCCCAGAUGACUUGCUUAGUUUUUUGUUGGGGAUUUUUGAGGAGCACGACUUUCCUUCUGAGCUACGGACAUUUUUUGAUGUGCAGGCUCAGGAGAAGGCUGUGCACGACAUGGGUAUGCAGGGGGCUGCAUACUGCAGUCACAAGCUGGCAAGCAUGGACGUUUUCAGGUACUACGUGCAAUCCGGCCUGAUGGUAAGUUUUCUUGCGAAGAUGCAGAAGCUGGUAGGCUGGUGGCAUGAGAUUGGUGGAAAUGCCCAUUCGUUCACGAACGUGUACCGCAACAUUCGGCAGCAUGGCAACACGGACGAGAGUGUCGACCUGACCAGAGCAGGGGUCUACGAAAUCUCGGUCUAUGUCCAGGAGAACCCAACCAGCCUGAAAACUAUGUGCUUCCUCAUCGGCUUGUUGCUCGUCGUUUUCAGCAUCGUGACUCUCAUCAACCCCUUUGCAGUCUUGUUUAUGCCCAGACAUUACCUGGCCAACGUCUACAACAUCUUCUUUGGGGUGAUCAUUUGCAUCUGCGACGGCAAGGAGUCGUGGAUGAGAAGCUGCGGCGAUGUGCAAGCAAAGUUGUUCCAGAAGGCAUUCAUCUUGGCGAACCCCUCGGGCCGUGCCAUGUUCUACAUCUACGUCGGGACCAUGACGAUGCUUUUGGUGCCGGGAGAUGGUUUGUGGAUGAUUAUCUACAUCAUCCUUGGAUCGGCUUUAUGCCUCCUUGCUUUGACCAUGCUCUUCACGCAGUAUUGCGGCCACCUCUGCGGAGGUCGCAGUUAUGGACACAUGAGCACUCAAAACUCCGGCCAGGCAGAAAAGCAGAAUUGCAAGAGGGAGUCAGAGCCAGAAAUGAUGCAGGGAUUUGAGGCGCCGAUGCCAGUCCGCAGGAUACGUGAGUUGUGGGAUGCCAAGGAGGCAGACCUGAAGGCCUCGGGCGCGGUGGCCAUAGAUUUGGAUCCUGUGCCAGGCCUUUGGGCAGAGCUCAGCAAAGCUUGCAAGGCAAGUCUCCAAGAACGUACUGAGUUGUCGGUGACUGGCUGCGACAAGGAAGAGCAGCAUCCUUUUGGCAUCGUGUGGGCCCUCUGCAGCGCUCUCGCUGCAGAAGUGCUGCGGGCUUUCCGCUUGAUGGAGCUGCAGGUUGUCACUGAGCUGCGAAUCUCAAAAGCGCAAAGAAGUGACCCAGAGGUGGACAACGGUGGCCUCCUUCCAGACAACCGCCGUGAGGUCUCUUUUCGUCUAUUUGUGCCGGUGGAUGUUCCUGAGUCAGGACCUGACAUUGCUUCUGCUACGCUGACCCUGCAGACCAAGGAUCGUGAGGUUGCCAUGUCGUUUCCCAUCAAAGUCGGGCGAGCGUUCGUUUGGUGGAGCCGUCAGACGUUCCACCAGGUGCUCGGAGGUGAAGCCUGCUUUGCGAUCUGCUGCUGGGCCGUUGUUGCGCAGAAGCCGGGAUCACGGAAGAGACCAAGCGGGGCGCAGCUGGUGAUUGUACAUGCUCAGCCCGAUGGCCCGAUGCUCAGCCCAGGCAUGGUCUGCGGCCGCUCGAAUGAAUAUGACUUGUCAGUGCAGGCCUGGAGGCAGAAGCUGUUGGCUCGCCAACGUGCUGCCUCGCUUGGAGGCCGCCUGUCAGCACAAAUUGAGUUUACAUGCACUGAGCAGAUUGCGAGCCACCUCGCCUAUUUUGAAGCCCACAUGUUGGUGGAUGAUGCGACCAGCGGCCUUAUUAUGGGAAACGGUGUAGAAGGUGCGAGCAUGAACGCUCCCGACGCAAUGACCCGCAUGGGCCAGUUGCUGUGCAGGUGGGCCCUAUCACAGUCGCCAUCGAUAGGUCUCCUAGUGGGAGUCGACUUCGGGAUACUGUACAGUGUCAAUGGGCUUUUGUCAGUGCAGAAUAGCAACGACAGCCGCGCCUUUUUCGGGCCCGUUUGCGCAGGCGCUCGGCAGCUGGCUGACGCCUCGAGGCAAGAGGGCAUGGUCCAUCUGUCCGCCGAAACCAAGCAGCAGCUCAGCGCUCUGAGAUUUAUUCCCUUGAUUUUGGGCAGUCAGAACAGGUUCUACUUGGAUGCCUUUACGGAGGUGACCGACCCAAACGAUGCAAAGGGUGUGCAAGCGUCACGGACAUUGCUUGCUUGGAUUCUUGUUUUACGCUUUACACUGCAUCUUUACACUAUGAAUGCCAUGGCCGGUCGAAGGGAGAGGCAGUCCUAUGAAGAAUUCAAGGACCUGUUGCAACAAUAUCAUGUGGACUUGUCCAAAUUUGGCAAGGGGAACAUGAAGCCAUUGCAAAAGUUUUUCGAGUCAGUGGUAAUCGAAGAAAAGUGCUUCCUGCAGCUCCGGGGCAAUGUCUUGCAACGCUAUGUCGAACUCGUUAGGGUUCACUUGCGUUUUCGCAACGACGACGGCCGCUUGCAGGAGCUCCGGAUCAAGACGGAGACGACCGACUGGGGCACAGAGCGCGAGCGGAAUCAACUGUUGGCCAUGGUCAUGAGGCUCAAGGACCAAGGAAGCUGGAAGCAGGUUCACUUGGCAGUCGCCAACAUGGCACAAUUUCAUGCAAGUACUUCCACAAGUACUGGCCAGCUCCACAGUGUUCUUGACAGGCUCUUGAGCGGUGUUUAG